UGGAAGUUGAGGGGGGGGCCGGAGCGGCCAGGAGCUGGGUGCGCCGCGGCGGGAGGGCUUUGGGACGCCGGGACGCUCGGACGUGGGGCGCUCGGACGCGCGCGGGGUGCGGGCACACCGCCGCGUCCCCCGGGAGCGGAGGUAGCGGCAACGCGGGGACGGACGGAGCCCCGCUGGGUGGCACGGCGGCUCCGCACGCAGCCCCGCCGGGGACGGCCGCCGGGACGGCGGCCGCGUUCUGCUCCUGGCGGGACCGCUCCCGGCGCACCCACGAGGUCGGUGCCCGCCGCUGCCCGGCCGCUGCGCCCUCUCCCUGACUGCCCGGGCACGCGGACGGACCGCGGUCACACCGCGGGCGGGGGUCGGGGCGGGGGCAGCCGAGCGGCUCACCGCUGGUGGAACAUUAAAGCGAGCCGGGGCUGGGGAAGGUGAUCGGAUGCCUGGUGAAUGAGUCACCGCGCUCCUCCCGCCGGUCCCCUUCCUGCCCGAGUUGACCGGCGGAACUCGGCGCAGGGGCGGCGGAGUGUGACCGCGUCCUUGGGGCAGCCGAGGGGCGACAGCGCUGCCCCGGUGCCCGUCGCGCUGCCCGCGGCCGCUGCUGCCGUAACAAACUCCCCCCGCGCCGCUCUCGGACGGAACGAGGCUGCCCCGAGCCCCACCCGACCGCCUGCGUGUCACCUGCCAGGCCAUCCCCCCCCAUCCCCUUCCCAGGGCGAGGAGAAAACCUGCGGGGUGGUGACGGCACGAAGGGGACAAAACAGGCGCAAGGCAGUGCCCCGGUCUGUCCAUGGGCAGCAACAGGAGCAGAGGGUGCAGGGUGGGUUGGGCAGGGGCACAGGGUGGCCCCGGAGAGCUCCCGCAUCCACUGUCCUCACAGGGUGACAGCCCCAGGCGGUGACAAGUGGUGGUGAGGGGUGAAGGCGAGCCGGGUAGAAAGGCUGAACACGUCAAGGCAUGAACAUGUCAUGGGGCUGCCAUGGAGCAUCUCAGCCCACUGGCGUGGAGGGUGCCCACUGGGAGCUGUCCCCAGCCCCUGCAGCGGUGAUUCUGCCUCUGCCCGCCCCAGCCUGCACUCAUGGCAGAAGGAGCCGCAGGCUGAGGCCGAGGCCUUGGGGAAGGCUCCAGAGCCACAGCCUCCAUCAGGGAGCAGCCCCACUCCAUGGCAGAGUAGGGGGAGCCUUUCCGCACAGCUCCCUGCUGGAGAGGCCACAUCCCAACUCCUGCCCCAGCCCAUCCUGUCUUUUUGGGCAGGGGGGAAAGCCAAAAUGGGAUUUCCCUCCCCCCCAAGAUCCUGCUGUAAUCUGCGCUUCUCUCCCUCCUCACUGAGCACCACAGCACUGGGCCCGACUUGGCCGACCUGCGUUUGAACUUUCAAAGAAAACAAGUCAUUACUGAGGAGAAGCCGCAUCUCUGUGAGGCCUAAUUUCGGAGGGUUUUUUUCAGGGCCUUUAUCUCUCCUAUCUGCUGCGCAGCCAUGGGGCUAAAUUACCCGGAAAGUCAGGCUCGGGUGGGUUUAGCUUUCAGGAACGCAGCUCACAGCAGGCACUUCCUUGAGGCUGCGAGCACAGAGCUGCAUGCAGGAGCAUGGCCUGGAGGCCCUGGGCAGCCUCCUGGAGGCCCGCGACCAGCUGACGCUCUGCCCCUGCAGGUGAGGACCCUGUUUGUCAGCGGCCUGCCCCUGGACAUCAAGCCUCGCGAGCUCUACCUGCUCUUCAGGCCCUUCAAGGGCUACGAGGGGUCGCUUAUCAAGCUCACCUCCAAGCAGCCCGUGGGGUUUGUGAGCUUCGACAGCCGCUCAGAGGCUGAGGCCGCCAAGAAUGCACUGAACGGCAUCCGCUUCGACCCUGAGAUCCCCCAGACGCUGCGGCUGGAGUUUGCCAAGGCCAACACCAAGAUGGCCAAGAGCAAGCUGGUGGGCACCCCCAACCCCAGCGCGCCCCUCCCCAACGCCGUACCUCAGUUCAUCGCCAGGGAGCCCUAUGAGCUCACAGUGCCUGCACUUUACCCCAGCAGCCCUGAAGUGUGGGGGCCGUACCCUCUGUACCCAGCGGAGCUGGCGCCUGCUCUACCUCCUCCUGCGUUCACAUACCCUGCUUCGCUGCAUGCCCAGAUGCGCUGGCUCCCUCCCUCAGAGGCUGGGUCUCAGGGCUGGAAGUCCCGUCAGUUCUGCUGAAUGCUGUGUCUCGGGUGUGUGAUGGCGGCCGGCGGUCAGUCUUGUGGGUAUGAACAGAGCCCCCCGGCGGCUGCUGGGCACGCACGCUCUCCGCAGAACCACAGUGUGCUGGCUAGGAAGAAACCUCACACAAGUCUGGAUUCCUCCAAGACUUUCCCACAGCCUCUAUCACACAUCUGUUCUCCUAGAAGAAAGCGAGAAGCAUACCCAGUAAUAAUAUUUCCUUCUUUUACACUGUAUAUUUGUAAGAAAGAGCGUGUUACUGCUGAAAGCAUGGUUUGACAGGCAUUGCUGUAGCGUUUGAAAAGUGUUUUCAAACACCCCUAGGAAAGCAGACUGCAAAAAAAAAGCAAAGCGAGAGCAAGUAUUUUUGUACCAAACUUCUGAACAGGACUAUCUCACACUGGGCUGGAUGACAGUUUUUGUGCUCAACUUCCAACAGCACGCCCUUAGCAGCCUGCCCUCUGUCCAUGGCCACACACCAAAGGCCAGGAAACAUGCUGCCUCAGCACAGCCUGCGGUGCUCACAGUCCUCCAGCGACAACAGCAUUGCCUCUGCACCUCAAUGCACUGCCAGCCAUGACAGGCAGCUUUCUUACCUUGGCGUGACGUUAACAGCUUGCUGCACAGCUCCAGCAAGGUGUGAUGCUCACAUCAGGGAUGGGCAGAGACAGUCCACACAUGUAGCAAGGUGAGAAUUUGCCUUCUCCCGCCACGGCUGCUCCAAGAUGUUAUGGGCAAUGCAGACUACUGUGCAAAGAGCUGGACCCUCCGAUCCCCGCCAACUCUGGGCUGUGGGACUGGGAUAUGCAUCCACUGCUGCAGGGCUCUGCUGCGGCUUCAGCACACAGUGAUUCCGGUCUGGCUGCAGAUAGCAUGUCUGUGUGGAGCAGAGCCCCAGGGAGGCCGCUGGUAGCACGGGGCGGGAUGGAUCCAGCACAGGGACUGCAUGCUGGCCCCCUCCUUGCACCAGGGGGAACCGGCAUGAGGAAGAGCAAAGCAAAGCAAAAAAAAAAAAAAAAAAACAACCCACUUCUUUCUUCAAAAAGAGGGUGCAAACCCCAUCUCCAUCAAUCUCCUGAGCAGAACUCCCAGCCUCUCGCCCUCCUCCAUUUUCUGCUUGGGCCACAGGCAGCUGGGAACAGGGCUGCCAGAGCUGCCUGGGUAGGGGCAAGAAGGGGGUGCCGCAGGGCCACCAGCACGCAGCGGGGUGGGCAGCGGUGCCUCAAGCAAGGUAGCUCUGCAGGGACAGCACUGCACUCCCAGCGAUGGACGAUUGUAGCAAACUACUUCCUGUGUUUUGUUCUGUUGUUGUGGAGGAGAGGAAAGGAGCUUCCAUGUUGUCUUCUCCGCUUUUGGAAAUAUGUUUAAAGGUACUUUUCUAUUGUAAUUUUUUAAAAAUAAAGCCAGUGAUUAUUGUAAGUUA